UUGUUUGUUUUGCUUCUCCAGUAAUUGUAUGUGACGAAUUUUAUUUUUCUCAUUAUCAUCAGUUUUUCUAGAAAAAUUGGCGUUAAGUUUGGAUUAUGUGAGAAGAUAGUAUACUCUUCAUUGGAUUUUAUAAUUUUUUAGAGUAAAAGUUAGGAAUAAUAAUCAUCAUUUCGUAAGUACUGUAGAGUCACAGUUUCGAAGGGGCCCUCGCAUCACAGUUUUUACUUUACCUUCACUCAUACCCAUGUAAGAAGAGCCUCUAGACUUCUAGAGAUUUUUUCCUCAUCGCCAGUUUGCCGCGAUACUGCCGGGUGACAAUGUCUAUCGAUUCAAUACCGAAGGAUUUGCGAACAGCCCGAGCCUGUCUUGUUUGUUCUUUAAUCAAGACUUUUGAACAGUUUGAAUUUGAUGGAUGUGAUAAUUGCGAUGAAUUCUUACGCAUGAAAAACAACAGAGACAAUGUUUAUGACUGCACCAGUUCUAAUUUUGAUGGUAUGAUUUGUUUGAUGAGUCCAGAUGACAGCUGGGUAGCUAAAUGGCAACGAAUAAAUCGAUUUACCAGGGGUGUAUACGCCAUAUCAGUGGCUGGACGGCUCCCGAACCCAAUAAUAAGAGAAAUGAAGAGUAGGGGCAUCACCUACAGAUCAAGGGAUACGAGUCUUAAAUAAUUUUCUCUAAUCUUGAUUUUUUUAAUUUUUUUCCUAAUGAUAGAUUUUCUUCCAUCAAAAUAUCCUCGCCAAAAACAGCAAGCAGUGACUUUAAGCUUAAAAUUUUCCUCUGUCUGCAUGAUUAUCUGACAUUUACAUACUAAAAUGUAAAAUAAAAUUUUUUAAUUUGUUAAAA